AUGGACUAUAAAUUAAAAAUCGCUAUCUGGAACGCGAACGGGCUACACCAAAGGUUACCAGAAUUAAAAACCUUUCUAAGUAUCAAUAAAAUCGAUAUAAUGCUUGUAGCAGAAACCCACCUAACAGAUAAAAACAAUAUGAAAAUACCACUCUACAAUAUACACCCUGUAUACACCACUAAUCAUCCAACUGGUAAGGCUCGUGGUGGAACAGCAGUAAUCAUAAAAAAUUACAUCAAACAUUUCCUCCAAAAUACAAUAGCACACAUGAACAUACAAGCUACCUCAGUAACAAUUAACACAACGCACCACAAACUCACGCUGGCUGCAGUUUACUGCCCCCCAAAGCAGAAAAUCUCUUUACACCAAUUCACAAACUUCUUUCAAAGUCUGAGAAACAAAUUCAUUGCUGGUGGUGAUUAUAACGCCAAGCACGCUCUAUGGGGCUCUAAAACAAACUCGCCCAGAGGAAAAACGCUAGAACAAACUAUACGAACACCAUCCAUAGAUACACUAACAACCAAUGAAUCAACCUACUGGCCCGCUGCAUACGACAAAUCACCUGACUUACUAGACUUCGGUAUAAUCAAAGGGUUAAAUAAAACUCACUUUCAAGUACACUCCUGCUUUGAUCUCAGUUCAGAUCAUUCGCCGAUACUACUAGAUUAUAUUCACCAACCCGUUAUAACCCAAGCUAUGACAACAUUAUGCAACAAUACCACAAACUGGGCACACUUUAAAAACUACUUAGAAGUCAAUAUAAACUGCAAUAUACCAUUAAAAACCCCUGAACAAAUAGAAUCAGCUGUGAUUAAUUUUACUAAUCUUAUUCAAGAGGCAGGAUGGAUGUCUACUAAACCAGCAAAAUGUAAACGACAAUUUAAUUCAUAUCCAGAGCACAUCAUUCAAAAAGUGGCAAAAGCAAAAAAGUUCUUUCAACAAAAAAAGACUAAACGCAAUCACCAAAGAAGUGAAACAGCUAAUACUGCAGCAUUGCAAUGA